AACAACAGCUUCUUGGAAGCAGUUUCAAAUCUUCUGUGCCCAAGAUGAGUUGCUCUGUGCUGUCUGCAGGUGUGCAGCAACAUCCACAAUGUCUGGAGAAGGGACCAACUCCUAGUCUAGUCAAGUAUGCCAAGAGAGGACAUUAUGUCAAGCUGGUUGAGGCUCUGGACAAGGGAGGAGAUGCCAACAGUGUGGACUCUCACUUGAGAAGUGCUUUAUACUAUGCUGCAUUGAAUGGAUACAAGAAAUGUGUCAAAGAGCUGCUCAGAAGAGGAGCAAAUCCAAACCAGAGAGAUGACAACUCCCAGACCCCGUGCCAUGCAGCAGUCCUUGGAGGGAGGCCACCAAACUUCCCCGAGGGUAUAACUAGGUCUCUUAACCCAGUCACUGGGACCUGUAGACUAGCUGUUGGUUGCUACAACUACCUCUCCUACUACCUGCAUGAUGCACGGAUCCAGUGCAAGUGUCUGCAACACCUGCUCAAGUUCGGAGGGGACCUCACGGCCAAAGAUGAGAGCGGGGAAACUCCACAGGACAUCGCAACCAGACUCAGAAAAAUUGACAUCUUGGAAAUGAUAGAAUUCUUUUUUGAGUUGCAGGUACAAGCUUCUACCUCUGGUGGCAAUCUCACUGCCUGCCUGUCUAAAUUGCGGCCCAAUGCUUCGUAUCCUCAUUGGAUGCAUGCCGUUGCCAAGUCAACCACCACUCUGGAGAACACCUCACCUUUGACCUCUAAAGCCUCGCUAUUCUACAAGGGUCGAUGUCGAGAGAUCUUUGACUACGGCUUUAUGUUCCCAGUGGGCCACAAGACCAGUCCUGGUGCCUUCGGAGUUGUGCCUGAAGUUCUACCAUCAGAAGUGCUCAAGACGUUGUCUAAGCUUGAGAGGAGCAGCGUGGACGGGAGUGUGUGGAGCAGGGCUGUGUGGAGUGGAGCAGUGGGCGUGACUCUCAGACAGAUUGACCCACAACAGAGUACAGAGCAUUCACUCAGUCCAGUCAUGAACGUUGAGGUACUCACCAAGGAAAUGGACAACCUCAGUGUUAUACGACACCCCAACAUUGUGCUCCUCAUGGCUGUGUGCUGUGGGCCUAGCAAGGGAGACAUGUUCCUGGCCCUAGAGUCACUGCAGUCCUCCUCUCUCCACCAACAGUUACAUAAGGAACUGAGGCCCUUCACUAGAGGAGAGAUCUCACACACCAUGGCUGGAGUCACAAGUGCUGUUGCCUACCUGCACAAUGUGAAGGGGGUCACUCACAACAUCAUCUCAUCACAUGCCGUCUAUUUCACCCUGCAAGGAAUACCCAAGCUGUGCAACCUGUUCUGCUGCCACGCUCCCUCCACGGCCAUCCCUGGGGAAAUGAGUGCCUCACUGCGACUGUUCCUGCCCUGGAUUGCCCCCGAGCUAAUGAAGUCACGCAUCCCUGAGUUUGCGAGUGAUGUAUACAGUCUGAGUGUGCUGCUGUGGGAGAUGUGGGGAGGGGAAGUCCCAUGGCCUGGCCUCACGCCCCCUCAGUUGGGAAGGGUGCUAGUGAAGGAUGGACAGAGGCUCAUCAUAUCGCGACAUCAUCAAGAGAUUGCCCCUAUUCUCAAGUGCUGCUUCUGUGCACCUAUUGGCAGACUCAGAGUUGAGCAGUUUCAGUCUCAAGUGGAGUACCUGGCAGUGGAGCCAGAGGAGAGGAGAAAGUCCUAUUAGAACUGAUCACCAACUCAUUGAACUCAUAAUUAUCAUGAUAAUGUGAGUGUUGUUGGAUUGAUCAUCAUUCUUCAUCAGC